AUGACAGUUGAAUCACAUCAAACAAUUAUAGAUUCAUUUAAAAAGGCAAAUCAAGAUCAAAUAUUUAAAUAUUAUGAUGAAUUAAAUACAAAUGAACAAAAUCAAUUAAUUGAACAAUUAUCUAAAAUUGAGAAUCCAACAGAUUUGAUAAAUACUGUUGAAAAAGCUAUAAAACAUUCAUCAUCGAAUUCAGAAGAAUCUAGUAAUUUUACUCAAUUACCAAAUGAACAAACUGCUUCAACUUUAGAUUUAGAUGCCCAAGUUCUAAACCAUUGGUCUGAUUUAGGAUUUGAAGCAAUAUCAAAGGGAGAAGUAGCCAUUUUAUUAAUGGCUGGUGGUCAAGGUACAAGAUUAGGAUCACUGGAUCCAAAAGGAUGUUUUAAUAUAAAUUUACCUUCUAAAAAAUCAUUAUUUGAAAUUCAAGCUGAAAAAAUUUUAAAAACUGAAAAAUUAACUCAAUCAAAAUUUAAUUUAUUGGAAAAACCAGAAAUUAUGUGGUAUAUUAUGACAUCUGGACCAACAAGAGAAUCAACUGAAAAAUUUUUCAAAUCUAACAAAUUUUUCGGUUUAUCAUCAAAUCAAAUUAAAUUUUUUAAUCAAGGUACAUUACCAUGUUUUAAUUUAGAAGGUAAUAAAAUUUUAUUAAAUUCAAAAAAUUCAAUAUGUGAAUCACCAGAUGGUAAUGGAGGAUUAUAUAAAGCAUUAAAAGAUAAUAAAAUAAUUGAAGAUUUAAAUAACAAAAAGAUAAAACAUAUUCAUAUGUAUUGUGUUGAUAAUUCAUUAGUUAAAGUUGCAGAUCCAAUUUUUAUUGGAUUUGCAAUUGAUAAGAAAUUUGAUUUAGCAACAAAAGUUGUUAGAAAAAGAGAUUCAACAGAAAGUGUUGGAUUAAUUGUAUUAAAUAAAAAAUUAAAAAGACCUUGUGUUAUUGAAUAUAGUGAAAUUUCAAAAGAAUUAACUGAAAAAUUAGAUCCUUUAGAUAAUCAAUUAUUAUUUUUAAGAGCUGCAAAUAUUGUAAAUCAUUAUUAUUCAGUUGAUUUAUUAACUAAAAUGAUUCCUAAAUGGAUUAGUUCUCAAGAAUAUUUACCUUUCCAUAUUGCUAAAAAGAAAAUUCCAAGUAUAAAUUUAAAAACUAAUGAAUUUUAUAAACCUACUGAACCAAAUGGUAUAAAAUUAGAACAAUUUAUUUUUGAUGUAUUUCCAUCAGUUGAAUUAUCAAAAUUUGGUUGUUUAGAAGUAGAUAGAUCUGAAGAAUUUUCACCACUCAAAAAUGCAGAUGGGUCAAAAAAUGAUACUCCAACAACUUGUAAAAAUCAUUAUUUAAAUCGUGGAACAAAAUGGGUUAAAACCAAUGGUGGUAUAUUAGAAAAUGAAUCAGAUUUAGUAGAAGUUAAUCCAUUAACUUCUUAUUCUGGUGAAGGAUUAGAAUUUGUUAAAGGUAAAACUUUUAAAAAUGGGGAUAUUAUUUAA